CCUGUUUGGUAUCACCCACAUGCCUGGACCCCACCCCUUGUGUUGUAUUUUACAGAGCGCCGGUCUCCCCUGCCAAGAUCAGCACUUUGCAGGGGGCCAGAACUAUAAUUGCCCCCAUUCCACCUCAACGUCAGCAUCCAGUGUUGACGUUUCCAGGGAAACUUGGGUCUCUUUUUGGGCUGCUGGUCUCCUGGACAACAGAGAGCAGCAACAAGAGCCACAGGCAGAGGAGCAAUGCAAUGAUUUGGAGUUCUUGGUCCGUGAAGAUUAUGCCAGUGCAGGCAAUCAACUGUCUUCCCAACUCUACAGAAACAAGCAGCUCCAAGACACCCUGCUGCAGAAAGAGGAAGAACUUGCCAGGUUACACGAAGAGAACAACAACCUGAGACAAUACCUGAAUUCGGCUUUAGUGAAAUGUCUUGAGCAGAGAGCCAAGAAACUGCUGAUGCAGAAUGGACCCCCUCACAUCUACGGAUGUACAGAAAAUGGGAAGAGGAAACCAAAGGAGGGCAGGUACCCUGCCAUGGAUACGCCCCAUCCCAAGAAUGCCAAGAGAAACCUCUUUAGUGAGUUUGCUGCCUGUGAGGGGCAGCCGGGUCCACCUGUGGACUCAUGGGUCCUGAAAACCCUUGGAUUAAAAGACCUUGACACCAUUGAUGAUAGUGUGCCAGCUAACUACAGUGCCUUGCUCUCUCAGCCUGAAAGAAGCACAUUUCCACAGUUUGCUAGUGAGGAGUCCAGCUACGAACAUGGUGACAUGGGAGCUGGCGUUUCUUAUGAGAGCGGCCAGGUGGCACCCUUACAGAACACAGGCAGCCAACGGGAGGAGGACUUGGUCUUUUUCUCUGGGCUGCCCAACCAAUCACGUGCUUUACAAACCGUGUCUAACCUUUGUCCCCACUCUUUCCCCCCUUUCAUCUCACCCGGCUAUACCCCCGAUGUCUCGCCCAACAAAACGGAUGUAGUCUUUUCCACAUCCCUGACCCCCCACUGCCACGUGAAAACCCAUUCCUUCCAGCAGGGACAAGCUUUUGUGCGGCGAGACGAAGAAGGCUGGAAGUUUACUUGGGUUCCUAAACACUCUUAGGAAGCCCCCGGCCCAACUGGCGAGCACUGCCACAAACCUGCUGUGUUUACAAAGAGCUUUCUCACACUGGACCCUCAUCUUUUGGGACUAGAAAUAAUAUCCGAAGUCUUCCCUCCUCCCCUCAACUUUUCUACUUUGCUCCUUUCCCUUCUCAGUCUUUAGGGGAUCGUUUUACAGAAGCCACACUGAAACAUGUCUGUUACUCUUUCACAUGCUCCUUGGUUUGUUUACACAGAGGCACUUAUGGUCCACUUCCUCUCUUAGCCCUUGGACUUGAAAAGGUAUUUUUUUUUAGUUGUCUAUAGGUUGAAAACCUAAAUACACGGCUCCCAUGAUAACCAGUCUGACUACUUCUCUCCUUUAGUUAAGCAGUUUGCACAUUUGUGGUUUUGACUUUUGUUCUUUGCCUUGUUUUCUUCCUAAGCUGGUUGUCAGAAGGUGUGCGAGUAUGUGGAAUGUGUUUCAAGGUCAUUUGUCUACCAUCGCCCUCAGCCUAGGCCCAACAGGGCUAGCAAGGAGCCCUGAGCCACUGAAGGGCGUUGUGAACAAAGGGUGUGCUCAGAGGGGAAGCUGUGGGCUGCUCUUCAUGGGAAGAUCCUAGGUUCUGUUCCAGCUGCCACACCAUGGACAGCAGCCACCCCCACCUCCCACCCACAGAAAAGUGAUCAGAUUUGCAAGCAAUUGGGUUCUUUCUUAGAGGGCUCCAGCAUUUUGUCUCUAAACAGCAAUAUUCAAGGGAGAGGCUUUGCAUGAAGGAAUAAGCAUCCCUCUCCCCCCACUUCCCAGUAGAAGAUAAAUUGUCCUGCUUCCCACCCAGGGACGGCCUCUCAACAGCUUUUCUCUUUUGGUGCAAUUUAGUUCCAGAGAUGCUGCAUUGACUAAAUAGAAAGUCUUUGUGUACAGAGAAAUCAAGACUCUUGCUUUUAAUGUUAUAAAUGUCUACUGUGAAAUCAUCCGAAAAACAAUGCAGUCUCUUCAACCUGACAAUAGCCCACACUUUCCAAGCUAGCCGAGUCCAUCAUUUCACUUGGUGGUGGAGGCUGAAUAAUUAAGCAUCCAGAAAAUAUAGUUCUCUAGGAUUAGACGAUGAAGGUAUGCACAGAUAGGCUUCAAAUUAAAAGUCACUGACUCUGAUGCUCCCUCUCUUUAUUCAAACAAACAAUAUUCAUUUGCAGUAACUUCCAUGUUUCUAUCUCACCUUCUCUUAAAGAUGUUUUCCAAAAAAAAGGUAAAAUACAUAGAGAAAAGGUAUCUAAAGGCUGGAAUCUAAAUCCUUAAGGUUCACUUAAUUAUUCUGCUUUGUGGUGGCUAUUGAUUUUCUUCACCUGUAAAAUAUGUAGGGAAACAAAUGAUCUCACAGACAGAUGCUAGAAGGGCCUCCAAGCUAGUACAAGUCUAAUAUACCAAGAAGAAACUUCAUUCAUUUUUCAAACUCUAUUUCUAUCAGACUGAGAGUUCUCAGAAAAUUCAAACUACCAAAAUCUAUAUCAGCCUUUAAAUCGACACAGGGAAAUCUCCAGAAUCUUUGCAUUUGUUGGUAUAAUAUCUGAAGAAAAGAGAGACAGAGAUAGAGAUGGAGAAAGAGAGAUGUGAGGGAAGGACAGAAAGAGGAAGGAAGGGAAGGAAAGAGGGAAUAAGGGA